AAUUGACCUAACCUAAAAAUUAUGAUUUAUAAAGUCGCUUUCACGUUCGAGUCCAUUUUAAGAAUGGUUAUUAAAAAACAUGAUUAACCAGAUGUCGACGUACACCCACUCUGAAAAGUUUUACAACAUGAAAUCUUUGUCUAGUAUUGUUCAGAAAUGCCAGAUUUGUCCCUACUUCACAACAUCAUCGUUCUUUAUGGAAAAUCAUGCCAAACGCAACCAUUCUUUAAUGAUGCAUUUCAGCUGUGAUGACAAUGUAGAAACUUAUUGCUGUCAUGACUGCAACUUCCAGACAGAUUUUAUUGUCACUUUGAAGAAACACAUUAAAGAGUGUCACUCAAGUGAAAAAAACAACCUUCAGCCAGAUAUUAAUUACAGUAUUCACAACUACAGUUGUAAAAAUUGCGAUUUCGAAACUUAUACCUCAAUUAAACUUCUUGAGCACACUACAGCUUGUCAACGAACCACCAAUUUAAAAUUACACACAACUGGAAAACAUCUACAAAAAAUUUGCUGGUAUAUGUGUGAAAAAUGUACCUACAAGGCCAAAAGAAAAGCUCAUUUAAGUAGACAUGUCUACCUCAAACACACAGACAAAAAGGACAUCAAAUGGCAGAAGUGUGAUCAUUGUCCAUAUGUGACAAAAACCAUAGAACGAUUAAGAUUACAUAUAAGGAACAAACAUUUGGGUGAUAAAACCCAGUGGUAUCACUGUGAUAAAUGCUGGCACAAAACCAAAUAUAAACGUGGAAUGAAAGCACACAUGAGAAAUGUACACAAUGAAAAUAAACCAUUCAAAUGUAAAAAGUGUUCGCGCACUUUUCAAAAUCCGGACAGCUUGAGAAGACACACAAUUAACAAACAUACGGACGAUGACAAGAUUCAGUGGCAUCAAUGUGAACAAUGUCCAUACAAAGCUAAAACCAAGUCAAGCUUGUGGAAACACAUAAUUAAUAUACAUGAAGAUGGCAAGAAAUAUCGUUGUGAUUACUGUAGAUACAAAUCAUGUAGUUCGUUUGAAGUAGAAGAACAUAUGAACACUAAACAUUCACAGGCCAGUGAAGUUAAGUGGUAUCAGUGCACAAAAUGUCCACAUAAAUAUAAAACUAACGGAUCUUUAAGACGUCACCUGCGCAAGCAGCAUAAAGAAUUCUCUGGAAAGUAUCAGUGUGAUCAGUGUGAUUUUAAGACGACAAGUGCGCAAAUUUUAAAAGACCAUAAAAAUUGCAAACAUGUAAGUGACACUGAAGCUGAGUGGUACCAGUGUGAGGAAUGUCCAGCUAAAUAUAAAAUUAAAUCGUCUUGGAGACAACACAUGUACUUGAAACAUCCAAGUGGUAACAAGUAUCAGUGUGAUCAAUGUGAUUAUAAGGUGAAUUGUUCGCAGUGUUUAAAAGACCAUGUAAAUAACAAAAAUGUAUGUGACAGUGAAGCUGAGUGGUAUCAGUGUGAAAAAUGCCCAGUUAAAUAUAAAAAUAAAUGCUCUUUGAGGCAGCACAUACGCUUGAUACAUCCAGGUGGUAAGAAGUUUCAGUGUGAUAAGUGUGAAUUUAAGUCACGUUAUCGCCGUCCUCUAGAAAAACAUAUAAGUAGCACUCAUUGAUAUAAUUAACGUGCGACAAGUGACCUUAUGGAAUUAAUAUGGUUAUAAAUACGUAGAAAUGAAUUUAUUUGUAAAUGGUGGAAAGACAUUUGUAAUUUUCUACAAAUAUACAAUAAAACAAU